GGCGGCAGGGGUUGGCUAAGCGCGUAACAGGAGGGAUGGAUGUGUGUAUGUGUGCUCCGAGACUUCCUGUGGUAUAUUUAUGACCAGGGCUUCGAUUUCCGGUAGCUGAUACGAGCUCUCUCUCCCUCUUUCUCAGAGAGCAUUUAAUAAUAUCACCGAGGAGAGGAGGAGGGUAGCUUUCCUGCAAACACACAUACCCACCAGUGGGGUGAGGAGGAGGUGCAGGAAGACAGAGGGAGCUGCCAGUGAACGGGGAUGAAAGACACCUUCCCAUCUCAGACACAACACUCUCCCCUCCAAGCCUAAACAACAUCCGAUUAAUAACCUCACACCAUCCAAUAUCACGAAUAGACCACAGUCUCUCCCCCCACACACGAACACACUCCACAUUCCUAUGGACGGGCACGUGCAGGAACGACGCUAUUAAGCCUGUACCAUGGAGGACUGCCUUCACACUUCUUCCGAAAAUCUUUCCAAACUGGUCAGUUGGGCCCAUAGUCAUGGGACCAUUUGCAGCCUCAUUCCAAAUCUAAAGCACCUACUUUCAGAGGGUUCCCAUGGCAACCUCACAGCUAUGUGGGGCUGUAGUGCAGGCCACGCCUAUCACUGGCCACUGACUGUAACAUGUAGGGCUGGCUCACAGGAAAGAGUGUGCUUCCAAGACAACAGGAGCUUCAACUCAGACAGUCCCAGCAUCAUAGGUAUGCCCUCAGACACACAAACAAGUCCAGUGGAACGAUACUCUGGAAGGCCAGGGAAAGCAAAGUUAGAUUGUAACAGAACCAGAGAUUCCUGUGAUUUCUCUUACUGCAGUGAGCCUUCUGAACUAGAUGAAACUGUGGAGGAAUAUGAAGAUGAAGCUACUCUUUUUGACAUGGUCUGUGAGUCUUCAGUGACAGAUGAAGAUAGUGAUUUUGAGCUUCAUCCUCAAAGAUCUGAAGCCAAUUCCCGUAAAAGGCCAGGCCUGGGUCCCUCCUCCUCAUUUCAUUCAGGCUCCCAUUCUCAGGUCAUUGAUGGAAGCAGCAAUGAUGUGUUAGUCAAAAAAAUCAAGCAAGAACUCCCUGAGGAUUAUUACAUUGUGGCUAAUGCAGAGAUUACUGGCGGCAUUGAUGGGCCUGCAUUAUCCUUGACGCAGAUGUCAAAACCUAAAGCUCAUUCUGGAGCCUCCCACCCUGUGCCACCCAAACCCACUCCUCAUGCAUCACCUUCACUCAGUGCUGAACUUGAUUUGCAAAGUGUCUCUGUCUCUUCACCAGUUGUUUCAAGGCCAUCUGCUCAGAAGCCUCUAAAAGUAACUCUGGCUUCCCCAAGUAGAGGGCCUGGUAGCACCCCGGCAGUCAAUCCUCAGGCAACCCUCCAGAUGCCUGUCAGCACCUCCAGUGCUGGUAAACAAAUAAGCAUUCCUCUAUCAGCCUUGCAGCUCCCUGGGCAAGAAGAGCAAACAGCCCCAGAAGAUCUCCAGCCUGUGCCAAGUCAAGUCCCCAGCGAUGUAGCAUUAUCUCCUUCUGUUAGUACAGAGCCAGAAGUGAGCUCUAGCCAGCAGCAGCCAAGCACUGCUCCCACCAUCGCCACUGAGCCAAUGGCACAGACAAUACCAGACCAAGAUGAGAGAGCUGCAGAACUGAGCAGAGAGCAAAAUGAGAAAACCAUACGGAGUACCCAGACAGCUCUCCGAAACUUCAGGGAGUUUCUCAUCUCUAAGUAUCCCUCAGAGGCCCGGGAGAUCUAUAUCAUUCCUUGCAAAGAGCUGGAUGCUUAUCUAGCAUCAUUUUUUGUUGAUGCCCGACAAAAGGAUGGUUCAGAAUAUGAGCCAAAUAGUUUGGCCAACUACCAGUGUGGGCUGGAGCGGUAUCUCAAGGAGCAUAGAUACGGAUAUAGCAUUACCAGGGAUAAGGAAUUCAAGAGGUCUCAAGAAGCACUGAAACAGAAGCAGAUAGAGCUGAGAUGCAAAGGUAAAGGCAACAAGCCACACAAGUCCAUGAAGCUUACCUUUGCAGAUGAGCUUAUCCUACGCAAAAGAGGCCUGCUAAGCCGAUAUAACCCAGAGGGACUUCUGAACCUUGUCUGGCUUAAUAAUACCAAGGCGUUUGGUCAUUGUACUGGCUUCCAUGGCUCUACUCUCAAAUGGGGGGACAUUAGGCUUCAGGUGACAGAGACUGGAUUGGAAUAUUUAGAAUGGAUGGGUCAAGACAGCAGUGAUGGGAACACCAAAACCAAGAGAGCGAGCACAGACUCCAGAGUAUAUGCAACGCAGCAUGCGCCACAGACCUGCCCAGUGCAAGACUACAAAGAGUAUGCACAAAGACGCCCUCCAGCAAUGCGGUAUGAGGAUGCCCCUUUCUACUUGUCCAUUAAGCCGGUGGUUAAUCUAGCCGCACUUCAUUGGUACAAUUGUCAAGCCCUAGGUAAAAACAAGUUGGCCAAGAUGGUCAAGACUAUGUGUGAGAAGGGGAACAUCCCUGGUAGGAAGACCAACUUCAGUGUGUAUCAAAGCUGCAGCACGCUCUCUGAAGCUCAAAGUAACCAACUGGUGCUGAUUUGCAACAACUUAAGCCAACAGGCCGCUCAGUCAAUGGCGAGCCACUCCAGCUCUGGUAACUUCAUAGUGUCAGCAUCUUAUGACUCUUCUUCAGACACUACGUAUCCUGAGAAGAUCCUCUGUGAAGGCAACAUGGUUAAUGAAUGGGAACUAACCACUGGGAACAUUUUCUGUGUGGCCUCCACACCAAUGAAUGGGACAAAGUGCUCAAGAGUGGAGCUCAAGACCUAUUCAACAAAGCUCAAUAAAUUCCCCAUCUUUAAUUUUGAUGAUGAUUUGAAGUAUCUUUGCAUCAGUGCUGUGAGCCCAAACACGACAAAAGCAACUCUGUAUGCUCUGAAUGUGUGGCGGUACUGGUGCAUGACAAAAGGCCUGAAAGACUACAUGGACAUUACAAAGAUUCCAGCUGUGAAACUGAAUGAACUCCUUGAGGAUUUCUAUGUCACUGUGAAGAAAACUGAUGGCUCUGAUUUUCUGGCCACAUCCCUUCAUGCUAUUCGCCGAGGGCUAGACCGGAUCCUGAAGAAUGCUGGAAUUGGUUUCUCCAUCACAAGCGGAAGCUUCAGUUCUUCUACCAAGAAGCUCAAGGAGAAGUUGAGAGUGCUCAGCAAGGCCGGGAUGUCCGGUGCUCGUUCUCGCAACAUCAUAUAUUUUUCCCUUUCAGACGAAGAAGAGAUGUGGAGGAUUGGGUGCUUGGGUGAUGGGAGUCCAGUAGCUUUAUUGUCCACUGUAGUUAAAUAUAACAGCCAGUACCUGAACAUGAGGACACUGCAGGAGCAUGCCGAUCUAAUGUACGGUGACAUUGAGCUGCUGAAGGAUUCACAAAACCGGCCGUUUUUUGCCAGAACAGAUAACGUGAAACGAGAGAAAAGGAUAGGCUCGAACAGAGUGUGCUAUGGCCAAAUAUACCACGAGCAUUCCAAAGGGCAUAAGCUAUGCCCCUACUGUCUCCUCUACAAGUACAUGUACAUCCACCGGCCUCCUUCGCAGAUGGAAGGAAAGUCCCCCUUUUACCUGACUGCUCGGAAGGAGACUGUUGGCAUGGGGAAUGUUUGGUAUGAAGACCAGAGGAUGGGGCUGCGCUCGCUGAGGGGGGUCAUUCCAAAGCUGGCUAAAAGGGUCAAGCUUGACCACUGCGAGAACUUUACUUUCAUCUCGUUCACUCAGGCCUCCCGAAAGUUUGGCUAUCUGAACUCCUAUCAGUAAAGGCCAAACUAGAUGUGAAGUUAAUUGAAUAAAUGCAAUUGAGGUGUAUGAUUUUUUUAAAAAACUGUAAAUAGCAUGGGGAUGGGGGGAGAACACACUGAGCAGCAUGGUAUCACUGGUGGCAGGGAAGCAUGGUUUAACCUUUUCCCCUCUACUAGGAAUCCAAUGAUGAUUGCAUCCCCCCCCCCGUUUCAUUUUGCAUUGGAAGGAAAGCCUCCUUUGGCACCAAUGAAAGCUUCCCUGCUGAUACAAAUAGCAGCUUGGGAGGGGGAGCUAUUUUUAUUAAGGUCACAGCAGGGGGAAAGAUUUAAACUUGCCCACCCAUGCUGCUCAGCACCGCCUAUCUAUUGCUAUUCACAUUUUUUAAAAAUGCACAUUAAUUGCAUUCUCUUAAUUGACAUCGCAUCAGCCUUCUAUCAUUUUGAGUCAAUUGUACACCAGCUGUUGUACAGCAACAAGAACCUCUUUUGGUCUGCACACUGGCUGUCAUACGAAUUUAACAGAUAACUAGAUCAGGGCCGCAUUAUGA